AUGGCAAACAACGACACCAACAAGCCCAGGCACAAUGCCUAUGCAACCCUCAUCACCCGGGACUCAUACCUCCCGGGUGUCAUCAUCCUGGCCUACACCCUCCAGCGCAACGGCUCCGCAUACCCGCUCGUUGUGCUCUACACGCCAAACCUCCCCCGGGAGGCGAAGAGGGUGCUUGAGCUUGAGGCGCCAAAAUGCAAUAUGGUCCUUCGCGAGUGCGACCACCUGCUGCCGCCCGCGGGAAUUAAGAUGACGCUCAUCGCCGAGCGCUUCGCUGACACGUGGACCAAGCUGCGCGUCUUUGAGCUUGUUGAGUACGACGCUGUGUGCUAUCUCGACGCCGACAUGGCCGUCCUGUAUAACAUGGACAGCGUGUUCCAGGUAGAGACGCAUCUGCCUGAUGAUUGGAUUGCCGCGAAUCACGUCUGCGUGUGUAAUCUUGACUCAGACUCAUGGGCACCCGAAGAUUGGCGAGCAGAGAACUGCGCCUACACUCCACUGUCGCAUCCAAACGCGCUUAGUGAGCCAAUACAGCCCAUCGCGACAUCUCCCUCGCCGCACAAACUCCUCAACGGCGGUAUGUUCAUCUUCCAUCCCUCUCAGGCUCUAUGGGACAGAAUGUUGCACGUGUUCAACACGACGCCACUUCUUUCGUCCUUCAUGUUUCCUGACCAGGACUUCCUGGCCUUCUUUUUCGAGAACAAGUGGUAUGCUCUUGGGUGGCAGUACAAUGCCAUUAAAACGAUGCGAUAUUGGCACCCCAACAUUUGGCGCGACGAGGAAGUUAUUUGCCUGCACUAUAUCGUGGACAAACCUUGGGCAAAACGCGUGGGUACAGAUGGAGUGGCAGGAUACAAGGGCCUCGAUGGCGUUACGCACUGCUGGUGGUGGCAGCUGUAUCAGUACUGGGAGGAUGAGAGACGCGCCGACGGACGUGGAGGAAACGAGGCCAUCGCUCUGUUGAAGAAUUUGAUUGCGCCAGAGUUUACGAAGGAGGGCACAGUUGGAUACUUGCAGGUUGCUUUGCCGUUACGAGCUUGA